GCCUUUUGGAAGGUUGCUAACAUACUUUAUAAAAUAUAGGUAUGUUUAUUAAAGUAGUUUGUUGUUCACUUGCCAGAGGUGUCUAAUGGGUCUCUUAAGAUCACUGUGUAACUAUCUCUAGAACAUCUCGCUACCAGAAUAUCGUUUCUUUGCGAUUAGAAGCUAAGCAUUACGCUAUCAUCUUAUAUGAUCUAAUUGCAGAUAUACAUAUACACGUUCCCUGAAAGUACAUAUACAUAUACACGUAUAUAGGAAUAUAUACACAAGAACACAUACAUAACUUCAGGAUGACGGGUAUCUUAGAUGCAGACGACAUGCUAGCUAAGCUUGACGAAGACCACUGGAAUGCGUUGGUUGCUUCGGGCGAGUAUACACAAAAGGAGGUUGACAAGGCUCGACGGAAAUUGGCUGUGAGAGAAGAGGUCAGCAUGUGUAAAGCAAUGCUUUUAAUGGGCCUGAAAGCCAAGGAUGAGCUAGUGCUGCGCAUUGCCAGUCUACAGCUGGAACUGGAGAAGCGAUACCUGGCCAUAGAAACACUGUCGCAGUACCACGCCCAACACGCACACGUGAAUACACAGGUGUCUCUGUUGCUGGCGAAGCUAUACUUCCGGGAUGAUAAGAAGAACAAGGCGUCUGUGCUAUGCCAGGAGCUGGUGGACCUCUACAAGGAAGCCAACACCCCAGAUACGGAGCUCACAGAGGAUGCGGCGCACACGCUAGCCAGCCCAUCAGACCCGGACGGGUACCGGCAACAGAGGGCCAAGGACAAGCAAGCUGUAGCGGAUGCGUUCUAUAUACUCGGGUGGAUAGCCAUACACGCUGGAGACCACACGCAGGCAUACACCGUGUGGGAAGACGGGUACACGUGGCUGCCGAACGACAAGCGCCUCAGGAAACAACACCGCAAACGGUACUGUUGGGACCAGGAACGGGUGCAGGGAGAGGCAGACGGGAAGGGUCAAGACGGUUGCGCCAAUGCACCAGUAGACGAGAUGGAGGCCUUUUCGGUAGACGAAGCCCAUCAAGCCGAGCUCGCACUCAACCUAUUCUCGCGUCGUACACAAAAAAAUCGGGUCGUGUUUCGGUCCAAAAAGCCCAUAAUUCCCGAAGAUGAGCGGCAGAUGGUGUUGGAUGCGUGCGAGCAGUUUGCUGCGGAUAAUGGGGGUGGGUGGGGGACCGUGCGGCACUGUUCGGUGCCUACUACCGAUGUGGCUGUAGAGGAUAUUCCUAUUCUUAGACCCUGGCUCAGGACUCUCAUGAGGAAGUGCCUAGCCCCUAUGCUGCGGGCCUGUUUCCCCCUCUUAGCCGAUGGCACUGAUCUCGGCCCACGUGGCGAUCGUGUGCGCAUCCACGAUGCCUUUGUUGUACGGUACGAUGCAGCGGAUAGGAGCGUGUCUCUGCCCACACACAGUGAUACAUCGUCGCUCAGCUUCACUGUGGCGCUGACGGAGCAGAGUGGCUAUGAGGGCGGUGGCACGUGGUUUGGAGCGUUGGGUGGGAAGGUGGUGGAUGCUCCGGCAGGACAUGCGGUAGCAUUUGCCGGUCCGCUGCGACACGCAGGCCAUCCCAUAUCACACGGCACACGCACUAUACUGGUGUUGUUCUGCUACAUAGAGGGGUUCAGGUAUGGUAAGUAUGUGGGAUUCGAUGGAGAAGACGACCUUGAGCACGAGCACGCGCACAGUGAAACAAGCGAGAGUGUACACGCCUUUAAUGGUGUGCGUGAGAGUGGUGGAGAGAGUGAGACAAAGAGGCUCAACGGGUUGGGUAUGGACGGGGGUGUGGAUAAGACUGGAAGAUGCUGUGAUGGAGUGCUGAGUGUGUCGGGUGUGCAUGGGGAUGUAUGUAGAGGUGUGGGUGGUGUCAAGGUAGACGCGAGUGGUGGGCAGAUGGUAGGCAGGAAAAAGAAGCAGUGCGGCGACGAUGACAAGUACGAUGUGGGGAAGGGCUACAUUGUGUACAAUGAAACAUACGAGCUCAUGACGACGAUAGACGCCAAAUAAACAAGAGGACUGUGUCUUGUUGGUCUUGGGGAGGUUCUGCUUAUCAUGUUAUUAUUAUAUACUUCGAAUCGCUUCCCGUAAAAAAUCACGUUGG